GGCGUGGCCGGGCGGCGUUGCCAUUGCGACGGCGAGGAGCGGGCGCGGCCCGCCAUGGCGGAGCCGGAGAGCCUGGAGGCGGCGGCCGAGCACGAGCGGAUCCUGCGCGAGGUGGACAGCACCGACACGGCCUGCCUCGGGCCCACCCUCAGGUCUGUCUAUGACGGUGCAGAACAUGGACGCUUCAUGGAGAAGCUGGACGCUCGCAUCCGGAAUCACGACCGGGAGAUCGAGAAGAUGUGCAACUUCCACUACCAGGGCUUUGUGGACUCCAUCACGGAGUUCCUGAAGGUCCGGGCAGAGGCCCAGAAGCUGAAGAAUCAAGUCACGGAUACCAACCGGAAGCUGCAGCUGGAAAGCAAGCAACUGGUGGGCGCCAUGGAGGAGCUGAGCCAGUGCCGGUUGCAGCAGUGGAACAUCUCUGCCACGGUGGACAAACUCACCCAGUGCCUUCCCGUUCUGGAGAUGGAGAACAAGCUAAGGGAGCAGAUGAAGUCCAAAAGGCAUUAUCCCGCCCUGAAGACCUUAGAGCACCUGGAGCGGAUGUGUUUGCCGCAGGUCAGCCAUUACUGCUUCUGCAAGGUCCUGGUGGAGAACAUUCCGAAGCUGCGGGAGGAGAUCAAGGAGGUUUCCAUGUCUGACCUCAAAGACUUCCUAGAGAGCAUCCGUAAACACUCGGACAAGAUUGGGGAGACGGCCAUGAAACAGGCCCAGCAGCAGAGGGACCUGGAUGGCCUGGUGGGGCAGCCCUUGAGAGUCGGGGGCCGAAGGUGCAGGAGAGAGGCUGGUGCAAACUCCGGGCUGGAGGUCAAGAGCCCCACUCCGAUCUCCGAGCAGGAUUCCGGGAUCCUGGAUGUGGAAGAGGAGGAAGAGGAGGAGGAGGAAGAAGAGGUGCCUGGUGCUCAGGAUUUGGUGGACUUCUCCCCCGUCUACCGCUGCUUCCACAUCUACUCCGUGUUGGGAGCCCGAGAGACCUUCGAGAGCUACUACCGGAAGCAGAGGAGGAAGCAGGCCCGGCUGGUUCUGCAGCCCCCCUCCAACAUGCACGAGACCCUCUCCGGCUACCGGAAGUACUUCCAUCAGAUUGUGGGCUUUUUUGUCAUCGAGGACCACAUUCUGCACACAAGCCAGGGCUUGGUGGACAGAGCCUACAUUGAUGAGCUCUGGGAUAUGGCCCUCUCCAAGACCAUCGCUGCCCUCCGGACACAUUCGUCCUAUUGCUCAGACCCAGACCUGGUGCUGGAUCUGAAAAACCUCAUUGUGCUUUUUGCUGACACUCUCCAGGGCUACGGCUUCCCGGUCAACCAGCUCUUUGACCUGCUUCUGGAGAUCCAGGACCAGUACAGUGAGACGCUACUGAAGAAAUGGGCAGGAGCCUUCAGAAAUAUUCUGGAUUUGGAUAACUACAGCCCCAUCUCGGUGGCCGACGAAGAGCAGUACGAGAAGAUGGUGGGGCAGUUCCCAUUCCACGAUGCGGAGCUGGAGAAGCAGCCGUUCCCCAGGAAGUUCCCCUUUUCCGAACUGGUGCCUCGGGUUUAUACCCAGAUCAAGGAAUUCAUCUACGCCUGCCUGAAGUUCUCUGAAGACCUUCAUCUGAGCUCCACGGAGGUGGACGACAUGAUUCGGAAAUCGACUAACUUGCUGUUGACUCGAACCCUGAGCAGCUGUUUGCAGAACGUCAUUCGGAGGAAGAACGUCGGCCUGACCGAGCUGGUCCAGAUAAUUAUCAACACUACGCACUUGGAAAGAUCUUGCCAUUUCCUGGAAGAGUUCAUAACCAACAUCACCAACGUUCUUCCAGAAACUGUCCACACCACGAAGCUUUAUGGGAUGGCCACUUUCAAGGACGCCCGCCACGCCGCGGAGGAGGAGAGCUACACUAACUUGAACCAGAAGAUUGACCAGUUCUUGCAACUUGCCGAUUACGACUGGACAGCCGCGGAACCCUCCCCCAAGGCCAGUGGCUACCUGGUGGACCUCAUCGCUUUCCUGCGCAGCACCUUUGCGGUCUUCACCCACCUGCCCGGCAAGGUAGCGCAGACCGCCUGCAUGUCCGCCUGCAAGCACCUGUCCACCUCGCUGAUGCAGCAGCUCCUGGAAGCCGAAGUCCGACAGCUGUCCCUGGGUGCCUUGCAGCAGUUCAGCCUGGACGUGGCAGAGUGCGAACAGUUUGCCAGAUCCGGGCCGGUGCCUGGGUUCCAAGGGGACACGCUGCUGCUGGCCUUCAUCGACUUGAGACAACUGCUGGAUCUCUUUCUCCAAUGGGACUGGUCGACGUACCUGGCCGACUACGGGCAGCCCACCUGCAAGUACCUUCGGGUGACCCCGACAACCGCGCUGGCCUUACUGGAAAAGAUGAAGGACACCAGCCGCAAGAACAAUGUCUUCGCCCAGUUCCGGAAGAACGAGAGGGACAAGCAGAAGCUGAUCGAGACGGUGGCCAAGCAGCUGCGCACCCUCAUCAGCAGCAGCCACCACUUGUGAGGGGCCGCAAGCCGCCUGGUGGCCCCGGGUGGGCGGAGGGGGGGCUUGGCAGGGCGGGGCCUGUGCCCAGCUGCCGCGAGGAAGGGGUGGAGUGGCUCCAGGGAACCAGCGUUGCUGCGGGAGGAUUGGUGGCGUGCAGCUUGCGGGGCCUGGUCACCUCCCGGGACUGCUUGGUGGUGGCCCCUCUUUGGAGGAGCCUGGCUCACUUGGGGAAGACUGCUCCUGGAACUGGAAGCUCAGAACCCCAGAGAGCCUUCCAGGAAGGCCAAGGCCAGGGGCCCGUCAGCACUUCCGGGUUCCUAGAAGCACCUUGUCAAUGAAGCUCUAAUGCAGGGCUGUCCGCCUUGGCCACUGGAAGGCUUGUGGACCAAUUCCCAGAAUUCUCCAUACAGCCUGGGGGAUUCUGGGAGUUGAAGUCCACAAGCCUUCGAGUGGCCAAGGCGGGACCCUCCUGCUUUCAAGGGAACAAUUUACACUUUCAAAGGGAAACAUUUACAAGAAACACCCCUGUGGGGUGUCCCGGACCCCCGUUUCACCCCCCCCCCCAUUUUGUCUCCUUUCCUCUCUUGCUCGUUCGGCUGUAUGUGCCCUCCUCUCUAUUUUUUGCCGAUCCAUUUUUUAAAAUCCGAUUUCUCAGCCGGGAUGGGAAGCCUUUUCCUCUGACAGACAAAAGGGAUUAAAAUACGCCCGACAGGAAACAAGAACUGUGUUUUAAAAACCCCAGACUCCUGUUUUUAAUGAAAAGAACGGAACUCUGGGGAAGGCUCUCUGAGGUUUUGCCCAGCCUCGUUGGGUCAAAAAAGUCAACAUGGCGGCCAGCCCAUGCAGCUGGAGCCCCCUUCUUUCCUUUGAAAGGGUUCAGUGGCUGCCAUCUUGGCUUUUUCUGAUUUCCCCCCCUGCCAAAGCCCUGGCCCCUAGACGCCGCUGCCUUCUGCCUGCAUUUGUGCCAAGGAUCCCACUCACCAUGUGGCAAAUAAUUCACAGCCAUAAUUAGAGGAAUAUUACAUCCCCCCCCCCCGUUUUAUGUGACUUUCAGCUUCCCUCAAGCCAAACAGCAGGGCAGCCGCCCCUCCCUGAAGCAGCUGCCCACAAACCACCUAGAGACCCCCCCCAAAUGUGGGGAUUUGUGGCCAGAGAGGACGGGGUCCAUCUCUCGUCUGUCUCAGAUUUUCCCUGUUGGCUCCUCCAUGAAAUAGUUCAGGGGUCUCCAAGCCGGGCCACUUGAAGACUGGUGGACUUCAACUCCCAGAAUUCCCCAGCCAGCGGGGCUUGGAGUCCACCCGUCUUAAAAGUGGCCCAGCUUGGAGACCGCUGGGAUGGCUCGUUGGCCCACUUGGGAGAGGCAGCAAAGCCCACUUCUUGGACCUCGGUGCGAAGCCCUUUCUCCCCGUCUGCUGGUCCAGCCGUUCGGCUGCAGAAGGGCUGAGCCUGACUGGUUGGACAAGUGCCUUACAGGAGCCUCGGCACCCCCCGCUUCUCGCUGAAAUGUCUGUGGACCAAGCAGACAAAGGGGGCCCCUCCCCAGCCAAGGGCCCUCCGCCAUCUUGCCUUCGGGGCUGUCUUCGCUGUUGAGCCAUAGAAGACCCCCCCCCCGCAUUGCACAGGUCCUGAGACGGACAUUUUGAGGCGAGUGUGCAACUCUCCACUAAAGGGAGGGGAGAGGAAGCAGGCCGGCCCUGUUGAGUUCCUCUAGUCUCCUUGAGUUUCCCACCUCUUGUGGGGCUUGGCUGGGUCCUUCCGGUUGCCCUUCCUCUGUCGCGCCCUGAGAGAUCUUAGGGAGGAGCAGAGCAGGGCCGUCUUCUCCUGACCCGUGAGAGAAGGGAGUCCCUCCUUCUGUUUCACUCUGGCCACAUGGCUGGCCGGCCGUUGGGAGAACCCAGAGCAUGGGUGUUACACUUGCAACAUGUGACAUAUCACAGCUUUUUUACACUUCCGGAGCUGGGGCGGGUACGGCCUCCACAUGAUGCAACUGGCCCGUGGGCCGGCAGUUUGACAUCCCUGACUCUAGAGGGAGCCCUGGAGGUCUGUGGAGCCCAGCUUCCUAUCCAGAGCAGGCAAAGCCCCCAAGGCCGGCCCAGCGUCUUCCCAUCCCUGGAUCAGUCGGAGCUGUCCAAGGCUUCAUCGGCUUCUAGAGCUGAUCGGGGCGAUCCCGGAGGGACCCCGUCAUCCGUCUUCUUCCUCCCUUCAAAUCCAGCCUGCCUUGUGGGUCACUUGGCCCCGAUGAGGCCGAUCCCGCCACUGAGAGGGGCGGGGACCCUGUUUGCAGCGACCUCACCUCUGAACAUCGGCUGGUCUGCUGGUUCCGGGCAAGGAGAGCACGGCCACUUGACCUGGGGACCAAGACCUGGGUGGAGAUCGGCCUUUGCCACAGCUGCCCUCCCUCGAAGGAUCCUGUUCAAGAUCCGUGCUGGACUCUGGGCCCAAAGACCCCCCGUCUGGUUGGCCCUUAUCCAGCCACGGACAAGGGGAGGUGAGAAGGUCUGGCAUCGCCUCCAGCCUGGAUCUUGUCCACUUCUGCAGUGCCCCAGAGGUUGGCCAAUGGAGCCAACCGCAGCAGCCCAAACAAGCCCACCCGACCCCCACCCACAGGGCCAGCCUUCCGGCACCUGGGCGAGUGGCUGUAGGGCCCACAUCCCUCUCCAUUUUGAGAGGGUCCCACUGCAAACGGCUCUUCCACGUACGCUGGUCAAAGCGCACCUGAAGCAACUUCAUCAUCCUGAAGACCUUCCAAAGAAUGCAAACCAUUUGGGGGGGGGGGAGGAGAGAGAGAGAGAGAGAGCUCUUGUUUUAAAUUUUGUGUGAAAGGAACGGGGCAAAAUACCUCACCUCAACCAAGGACAGACCGAUGCUGAAGGAGAGGUCCUCCCUUGGGGAGCUUGGAGGAACCGUCUUAGCCAUCUGAGCAGAAUCUGGACUGGAGGGGUUGAUCAGGUUGAUCCCCAGUGGGUUCUUGACAGUUGGGUCCUGACAUCUGCCAGUUCUAAGGACUUGCAGUAAACUCCCAGCUGGUGGUGCCUUUUCCUCUCCUUGCCUAGAUACGAACCUCACCAGGGAGACAAAGACCAUCGGUGCUUCUUGGGAUGUCCCCUGAGAAGGGUCUGGUCCCUGGGAGGUGGGGGGGGGCGUCUCUCCUACUUCUCUGUACAAAGAGGGGCCCAAUUCCCCACCUUUCUUGUCCCCUCGGAGUUCAGAGCCAGGAUAUGGUUAGUUUUGCCCUUGGCUGAAAUAUCCCCCCUCAUCCAAAGCAGGGCUCCCCAACCUUGGCAACUUUAAGACCUGCGGACUUCAACUCCCAGAAUUCAUGCCUGGCUGAGGAAUUCUGGGAGUUGAAGCCCACAGGUCUUAAAGUGGCCAAAGUUGGGGACCCCUGGUCUAAAGAGAAGAGGUCUCCCCUGUUUUCCUGAUGUCUCCUUCCUUGAAUUCUCAAACCACCUUUUGUCCCCACCAUCAUAGGACAUGUUGGCCCCAAUCUCUGCUUUUUUAAUCUCAUAGUUUUGGGUGGAGCUGAGCAAGCCUACCGGUCUGUUCUGGAGGGGAGGCCAGGUGCUCCAGUGUCAAGACGGGAUCUGGCAGCCCACGCGGAGUUGGCCGACGCUCCCUUCUGGCACAGGAUCCAGGGCAGCUCGCCAACCGUUUUGCCAGGAUUGCGGACAUUUUUCCAUCUCGGUUCUCUCUUCUGAGUAGUUUUCUCAACCCCACGUUUUGGGGUGCCCUGGAAUCAAAUUUACCUUUGGAAUUGGUGGUGGCCAAGGAGGGUGGAUGCUGUGGCUUAAUUGUCCCCAAACUGAGAAUGCAUUGAAAAGCGGCCCCUUUGCUUCCACCACAAUGCCUCACAACAUACAAGCUUCUCAACCAGUCCUUUAUGAAUUGCUCACGCGCAGGUCUAUCUGCGCAUGCAUAAAUAAACACGUAGGAUAAUUACUUUGGAGGGAUAUUUCUAAAACUUAAGGUGGGGAGUAGAGGUGUUUUUUAUUUGUUGUUUUUUGCACAAAAUGGAAAACUUGGGAUUCGCAUAAGGGACUUCCUCUGGCCGGGCAACGCAGCUGUUGGAUUCAGCAGAUAAAAUGGGACGGUGUGGGUUUACCAGUUAAACUGCGUUCAGUAGUAGCAUGUGGAUUUGGACUGUACAUAUAUUCUCCUGUUGUACCUUUUAUUAAAGCUGUAUGAAUGUA